GGUCGUCAAUCUCCGCCACUGCCACUCUCUCAUACACAAACACCAAGAAUAAAGAUGCUUAUUUAUGGAGGGUCCAUUAAACACUGUGGCACCAGCGUUGAUAAAUGGGAUAUCCAGUGUUAUCCUACAACGAGGCGAGAAGAAAACAGCUCGUCGCGCAGGUCGGCAGCCAAUCAGCGGGCUCGUUUCGUUUCAGCAUCUCUCGGGUGUUGAACCGUCAGGCAGACUGAGGCUCCGGCAGCGGGAGGACAGUGUCUUCAAGGCUCAUCGACGCACAGUUAUGGUUUUGUGAAACUGACAAGGAGGAGGAUUACGUCACCAGCACAAAGAGAAAACAAAAGUCAGCUAAUCCAAACAGUAUACAGGAGGAACCGAAUUCCUGCACCAGCAUGGCAGACCAGAAAGACAACAUGGACGAUUUUAAGGUCCAGACAGCCAAGCAUCCCAACAUCGGCACCGUUUCCUUACGGCCAGCCAGUGAACAGUCCAAAGACCGGGCGUCCAAAAGGCUCUCCUCUGAGUCCAACGGGACCAGUGAAGGAGGCGUAGGGUCGUCCACACCGGUAGAAAUGACCGCUUUGGAGGAGUCAUUUCGGCGCUUUGCCAUCCACGGCGACACACGUGCCACAGGCAAGGAACUGCACGGCAAGAACUGGUCCAAACUCUGCAAGGACUGUGGCGUCAUUGACGGCAAAAGCAUCACCCUCACCGACGUGGACAUCGUCUUCAGCAAAGUCAAGAAGAAAUCCUGUCGCACCAUCACAUUUGAUGAGUUCAAGGCAGCACUUGGAGAGCUGGCCAGGAAGAAAUAUAAAGAAAAGACUGCAGAAGAGGCCGAGGCAGAGGUCUUCAAGCUGAUUGAGGGGAAGGCACCGAUCAUAUCUGGAGUUACGAGAGCCGUGGCUUCUCCGACAGUGUCCCGUCUUACAGACACCACCAAGUUUACUGGGUCACACAAGGAACGUUUUGACGACACUGGCCGCGGGAAGGGUAAGGCGGGACGAGUGGACCUGGUCGACACAUCCGGAUACGUAUCAGGAUACAAACAUGCAGGGUCAUACGAAAAGAAAGUCAGCAAACCCCCGGGGGCCAAACCGAUGUGAGCGUAAAGGAAACAAACAUUCGAUCAACAACUAGGAUAAUUUUCUAUUUAAAAAAAAAAAAAAAAAACGUCCUCAGUGAAAGCACAAAAGAAUAGGAUUUCAUAUAUUUUCCCACCCAUCUAUUUUGUGUGUGCGUGAGAGAGAGAUGUUUUGAGUUCCUCUCUUUGUGAAGUGUGAGAACUGGAAAACUGUUUACAUCUAUUUUUACAAAGUCAUCACCAGCUGGUACAUUCCUAUGUGAUAGCAAGUUACUGCCAAACACUGAAGAGAACAAGGGAAAGUGGAGAGAGAAACUGUAAUGCUAUGAAUAUUGAAGCUUUGUUGUUAUGAUAGGGCCUGGCGAUAUUUACAUAGCACAAUGAACAACAUGCCAAGAAAACUGACAAAAAAAAAAAAAAAAAUUGGAACAAAGUCUGAUGAAUUAACAACAUUGCACUUUUUCAUGGAAAUUGUUCUAUUCCCAUAUUCAGCCGAAGAAAUGCAUUAAUUUAUUUUGCUGAUUUUCAGUGUUAUUUGGCACAGAUUCAUGACAUAUUGUUUAUUUCAUCAAGUCUAACAUCAGCUGUCUCUCUGCCAUCCCCUCUGGUCACUUGAUUCUGUUGUUGUGUCUUAACCGAGUCUGCUGUUCAUUUUAUUAAUUUUAUAAUAUGUUGUCAUUUUAAUAUAGUUUGCCUUCAGCUACUUCAGCAACUUUGAACACAGUAUCAACAUUUUAUCUACUUAUUUUAAGACUCCUUAGAAAAAUACAAUUAGUUAAUUCUGUCAGACUGAACGUGUUACCUCUGUCUUAACACCCCUCUUGCUUUUUGAAUAUGUAGUAUUUUAUUUCAACAAAAACAAACAAAAAACAAAGCAUAUGUCCUACUGUGUGGCUGAGAUAGGCCUGUUUGUAACAGUUCCAAAUUUAAUCGCAAUAACACAUAUCUAUGUUAUUCAUAUGCUGAUUAAGACCUCAUUGUUUAAAUAUGUAUCUGUAUGCAUUUCAAUAACAUGCAUUUUGCAAGAAAAUCAAAUUCAGCCUAAGAAGGAAAGCUCUUACUGCAACAGAACAUGAGCUCAGUUGUUUGAGAUUGUAUUUUUAACAUUUUACUUAUAUUUCCCUGUCAAAUUUAUAUAGUUAUAAUAUAUUUGUGGUAAGAUUGUGUAUAUUUCUAAAAAAUUUAUAGCCGCAUGGCUUAAUUUGUGACACUGGCUUCAUAUUUUUCUUUUUUUUUUUUUGUAAUUGCUGUACUUUGUGCAUGUUAUGUAUACUGCAUUGGAUUCUGAAGCGUAUAGACUAUAGUAGGAAUUAGCCUAACAAGUGUCAUGUCUUAUUUGAACUGCUGUGCCUGUUGUGAGGACAGACUACUGGAUGAACUAAAUGUAACUUUUCAGGUAUGUAAAGAAAUGACAACACUGAAUAGCCUACCAAACCAAAUCAGUGUAAAGCAAAAGUAGUCCCAGUAUUUUCAACUGCUCGACAUCAAUGCGUAUCAACUUGAACAUCUACAAAGUCAGCUACCCUCCAUUAUUGUUCUAUUUGUCUGUACAUAAGAUUUAUGGCACCUAAAGGUGUGGCACUGUUAUGUAAUCCAAAGCACAAUUUCAGCUGAUACAAAAAUAGUAUUACUAUUGUAUUAAUACAUACUAUAUACAUGAGGGAAAGAGAAAGUGCUAAUGAGAUAUACUUUUGUAAGGACUUUAUUUUUCCAGCAUAGCGACGGUGUUCGUUUCACACUCGUCACACGACCUGUAGCCUCGGCUGAUGAAGAAUUUAUGCAUCAAGUGAAAACUAGCAGUCAUCAGUGUACUAGUUUUUAGUCUGCUCUGGUAUCUCCAGUAUGAUCUGUCUUGUGUGCUUAAUGCCAAAUACUGUGCACCUUUAAUGUGGACGAACAACACUGUCUUAUUUUUUCAAAUAACUUUUAAUGUACUAUUGUGCCCUGGUGCAUGCAGUGUGUUUUCGUUCUUGUUCUUUAGACCUUUUAAUGUGUGUUCAUGAUUUGUAGUGCAUUAUUGAAAAUAAAACAAAAAACACCCCA